AUGGCAAGCCCCCAGGACACCAUUGCUGGUGCGUUCAAGAGGCUCAAAUCUUCAAUCUUCCAACAAGAUGCGCAUAACUUCGCCUCAACAGAGUUAGAAGAUUUGUGGUUGGCUGUUCGCCAGAUCGAUAGCACACAAAGACAACGGCAAUCUGGUCAGAAUCUACGCCGUAUCGAACCUUUCUUGCGAGGUGUUGAAAAGUACUCGAAGAUAGUUGAAACUUUAUGCAAUGGCACACCUUAUUUGUCGUUCAUAUGGGCUCCAAUCAAGCUUAUGCUUCAGAUCGCGAGCCACCAUCGUGAUAUUUUUGAGGCUUUGAUCUCAGCAUAUGUUGACAUUGGUGAAGCCUUACCACGAUUCGACCGAUAUCAAAAGGCAUUUGAUGAUAAUGUCGAAUUUCAGCAAUCCCUUGCUACUUUAUAUGCUAACAUUCUGGAAUUUCAUCAGCGUGCUUACAAAUUUCUUCGACAAAGAGCUUGGCAUGUUAUCUUUCUUUCCUUUUGGAAGGAUUUCGGGAGCCGAUUUGAUUCUAUCAUCAAUUCUUUAAAGAAACAUCGAGACUUUAUCGACAUAGAGGCCGUUUCUUUUGAUAUCGUCGAGUCAAGAGAGUCACGAGUAAAAAUGCAAGACGACAUACAGCUGAGACAGAAGCGAGAGUUAGAAAUGGUCGAAGAGAAUGAAAAGAUUGCGAAAGCUAAUCGUUUGCAACAUGCUAUUGCAUGGUUCACUCUUGAUGGGAAGAAUCAAGAAACCGAGCAUGACAGAAUCUCCAAAAAGCGUCAUGAUAAGACGUGCGAAUGGAUGGCAGGGGAACAGCAAUUUAAGAGUUGGAUGGAGAAUAACACAGAAGAUCCGUGCCUGUGGCUUCAUGGAAAGCCAGGAUCAGGCAAAAGCGUUAUAUGCUCGUACAUAAUCCAAAGAUUGAUAGAGAGGCCUGGAUUGACUACGUGCUAUUAUUAUUGUGACGGUCGCAGCUCUGGCAAUGUUUGCCAGCAGAUCCUAACAACCGUUGCGAUUCAACUUCUUAGGCAGCACCAUGAGAUUUCCACUCUGGUUGCCAAUGAUCCCACAGCUUCUACAAGAAUCGUUAUAGACGGCUUGGAUGAAUGUUCAAAGGAAGAUCAAAAAGUGAUAUUGAAAGAACUCCGCACUAUUUGUAUUGGUCCAGCGCUGCAAUGCAAGGUUUUAUUUUCUAGUCGAAAAAAAGCACACAUUCGCCAAAAGCUUCUCAAACAACCCUACAUCUCUCUAGACAGCCGCCAAGAAGUCAAUCAAGACAUUCGUUCUUACCUGAAAUUCAAAAUAUCCAAACUUGACACUUCCGAUCAGGACUUAUUGGAGAGAAUUGAAAAAACUUUGGUGGAAAAGGCGAAUGGUAUGUUUUUAUGGGCUCGGCUAGUUUUAGACGAGCUCAAAUUUUGCUACAGUGACGGAGCAUUGGAAAGAACAGCUAUGGGCUUACCGAAAGGUUUGAAGGCGGCGUAUGGUCGAAUUCUCGACAGAAUCAUGGAUCCUAGCAACCCCGAGACGGCAAAAUUUAUGGCUAUACGUAUUCUAGAAUGGAUGGCAUGUUCAUAUCGAGUACUUAAAAACUACGAGAUACUUGAUGGAGUUGCACUUGAUCGUUCAAAUUGGACUCUUACGUCUAAAACAAAAAUCGGAAAAAGAGCAUUGGAUCUCUGUCGUCCUCUUAUAGAAGAGGGCCCUGCAAAUACAGUCGAAUUCGUGCAUUUCUCAGCAAAAGAAUAUCUACUUGACGAAGAGUAUCAAGAGAAGCUGCCAUUUCUGUCACGUGAAAGCGCACAUCUCAACAUCUCUUUCUCUUGCGUCGCCAUACUGAAUUCCUGCGAUAAUUUAAUUCCAAGUAACUUCACGGAAGCUCAAAGGGCUGCUGUUGUCGUAAAAGGAUUUCAUGGUCUGCUCACGUAUGCCAUUACGUUCUGGUACAAACAUCUCCUAGAAUAUUUUCAGAAGCAUGCUCAACUCUCCACAGAGCUUCUACAUCAACUGCGAUCUUUAUUACGCUAUAGGAAAGAAACUAUCCCCUUAAAAGACACACUAGAAAAGAUUGGAGCUAUCACCGAAAAUCAGAGUUUGCAAGGCUUAAGUCAUUUUCCUGAAAUCAAAAGUUUGUUGUUAGAUAUUCUUGGGUUCAAAGCCCGGUCGAAGUUGCACUCAGAGGCUGCUUUAGACAAAUCUCCUGAAAAAAUCUCACUGGAAUUAUGUGAAAUGGAUCCAAGUUCUUCGAGAGACUUAUGGCGCCUCAGUCUUCAUAUGCCGAUAAGGUUUGUUACACGAGCUCUCCUAAAUAAACAUAAUCAGAAGUAUCAUUCCCUUACCACGAACGAAGAGUCGCCUAGCCUUGUAGAAAUCCUUGCGCCCAAGACAGAAUUUUUUUAUCCGGAUAGACACUCAGAACCCCGUCUUCCGAAUACAUACCCGUUUGUUGAGAUGGAGCUCAACAAUCCCACCGAUAGAUAUAUGGAUAUUCCUACUGGCUUCGAUACAGAGUUCCGUACUAGGAGGCAAUAUACUGGGUCAAUCUUGGAAUGA